AUGCGUCGUACUGGUUUCCCAAUUCGCGAAUUUCGUUUCCCGUUCCCUUUUCCCCCACAUGCGCACCUGAAACCUUGCCUUUUCCUUUCCCUUUCCGCUCCCCCUCCCACUCUGCCCCGCCAUAACGCAACACAAACUUCCCAUCCUGUCCUCCUCCUUUCCAUUUUUCCCUCCCCACUUCCCUCUCCACCCUCACCCCAUUUCCCCCCCCCCCCCCUUUCCCUUCCGUUCCCCCUCCCGCUUCCUUCCUUCCCCGCGCCCCGUUCCCCGCCUCCCGCGCAGGUGUGGUUCCGCAACGUGCCGCACACGACGAUCGCGGACAACAAGCGCAACAAGAACUGGAUGGCGCGCCAGGGCGACAGGUGGCACUUCCCGGGCGGCGGGUCCAUGUUCCCCGACGGCGUGGAAGGGUAUCUGUACCACCUGCGCCAGAUCGUGGAACUGGGCCCCAACGUGCGGACUGCACUGGAUAUUGGAUCAGGGGUGAGUGCGGGUGGGCGAAGGGGGAGAAAGGGGAGAGGGGGAUUGGGAGGUGAGGGCGGCGGGUCCAUGUUCCCCGACGGCGUGGAGGGGUAUCUGUACCACCUGCGGCAGAUCGUGGAACUGGGGCCGAAUGUGCGGACAGCGUUGGAUAUCGGCUCAGGGAUCGUAGAGCUGGGCCCCAACGUGCGCACGGCGCUCGAUAUCGGUUCGGGGGUGAGUGCUGGGGGUGGGAGAAUAGGGAGAAAGGGGAGGGAGGCAGAAGGCGAGUGGAGGGGCAAUGGGCGAUCUGCCAUGUGCCACGAAGGGCAAGCACCCGUCCCUCCCUCGUGCCCCCCGCUCCAUCUCCCCGCGUCUCCCCUCCCCACCUCCAAAACCCCUCCUCUCUCCCCGCUCCCUACCGUCUACCAGAUGCCCUCCUUAUGGCGUGCUGUGCUGGCCGUGUCACUCGCCCUUAAACGACCACCAUGCCCCCCUCCCUCCCCGCGCCUUUCUUUGGCCCUUCCCUUCGCCCUUCCCCCCACCUUCCCUCCUUCCCUGCCCUCGGCCCUCCCCAUCGUCCACCCCUUGCCUCCUCGCCCCAACACCGCGUUCUGGUCUUCCCUUGUUGUUCCCACCCAACAGGUGGCCAGCUUCGGAGCGGCACUGCUGGAUUACGGCGUGCUGACCAUGUCCAUCGCCCCCAAGGACUCUGCCUCCCACACUUCUCCUCUGCACCACAUCCCUGCGUCCCCCUUCACCACCUCUCACCUCCCUCCCCCCUUCUCUGCCCCCCUCCCCCUCUCCGCCGUCUUCCCCUCCUCUUCCUCCCUUCCUGCACCCCAACAGGUCGCCAGCUUUGGGGCGGCUCUGCUGGACUACGGAGUGCUGACCAUGUCCAUCGGCCCCAAGGACUCGUACCGCGCUCACACCCUCCCUCCCCCCGUGCCUUACUCUCUCCCGUCCCUUGUUCCCUUCCCCAGGUCGCCAGUCGCCAGCUUUGGGGCGGCUCUGCUGGACUACGGAGUGCUGACCAUGUCCAUCGCCCCCAAGGACUCGUACCGCGCUCACACCCUCCCUCCCCCCGUGCCUUACUCUCUCCCGUCCCUUGUUCCCUUCCCCAGCUUUGGGGCGGCUCUGCUGGACUACGGAGUGCUGACCAUGUCCAUCGCCCCCAAGGACUCGUACCGCGCUCACACCCUCCCUCCCCCCGUGCCUUACUCUCUCCCGUCCCUUGUUCCCUUCCCCAGCUUUGGGGCGGCUCUGCUGGACUACGGAGUGCUGACCGUCGCCAGCUUUGGGGCGGCUCUGCUGGACUACGGAGUGCUGACCGUCGCCAGCUUUGGGGCGGCUCUGCUGGACUACGGAGUCGCCAGCUUUGGGGCGGCUCUGCUGGACUACGGAGUGCUGACCAUGUCCAUCGCCCCCAAGGACUCGUACCGCGCUCACACCCUCCCUCCCCCCGUGCCUUACUCUCUCCCGUCCCUUGUUCCCUUCCCCAGCUUUGGGGCGGCUCUGCUGGACUACGGAGUGCUGACCAUGUCCAUCGCCCCCAAGGACUCGUACCGCGCUCACACCCUCCCUCCCCCCGUGCCUUACUCUCUCCCGUCCCUUGUUCCCUUCCCCAGCUUUGGGGCGGCUCUGCUGGACUACGGAGUCGCCAGCUUUGGGGCGGCUCUGCUGGACUACGGAGUGCUGACCAUGUCCAUCGCCCCCAAGGACUCGUACCGCGCCCAGAUCCAGUUCGCCCUGGAGAGAGGCCUGCCCGCCAUGAUCGGGCUGCUCGCCACGCACCGCCUGCCCUUCCCCGCUCGCUCGUUCGAUUUGAUCCACUGCUCCCGCUGCUCUGCUUCGUUUGGGGAUGAGAGUGAGUGGGGGAUGGGGGGAAGGGGGGCGGGGGGCGACGGGGCGUGGGGAAAGAAUGGAGGAAAUGGGGUUGAAGGGGAAGGGGGAGAAGGGGAGGGGAAGGGAGAUUGUGCAGUGGUCAUGGACUCCACGCACGUGUACGAGGUCGACCGACUCCUCCGUCCCAACGGCGUGUUCAUCUUGGCGGGGCAGCCGGUGGGCUUCAACUCCACGCACGUGUACGAGGUGGAUCGACUCCUCCGUCCCAACGGGGUCUUCAUCCUGGCGGGGCAGCCGGUGGCGUGGCGCGGCAAGAUCGCGGAGUGGAAGCGGCUGCGGCUGCUGGGCAAGGCGCUGUGCUGGGAGCUGCUCAAGACCGUGGGGAACGUGGCCGUGUGGCGCAAGCUGGGAGGCGACGCGUGCCGCGUGGGCGUGGAGGGGGAUGGGCGGGAUGUGCCGCUCUGCUCGCCUGCUCUUGAUCCUGAUGAUGCCUGUGACCCCAUACAUAACCUGUCUGAGCCGUGUGUAAUAUCAGAUCUUCCUUACUCUCUCCCUGCCUUCCUCCACCUCCCCUUCCCCCCCCUCUUCCCCUCUUCCCCACCCUUCCCUCUUCCCCCCCCGCCCUUCCCUCCCCCGUCCGUCUUCCCCGUUCCGCCCUCCCCCUCUCUCUUCUUCCCUAUCCCUCACCUCACCAGGUAUGUGAAGCUACAACCAUGUGCAGUGCCCUCCGCGCCCCCCUCCUGGCCCACCCCCCCCUGGCCCAUGCGCCUGCACACCCCCUCCCCCCGCGUGCAACUCGCCCUCCCCGCCUCCUCCAAAGCCUCUCUCUCCGACUGGCUCGCUGAGUCUUCUGAAAACGGCCAGACCUCUGCCUCCUCCUCCUCGUCUUCCUCUUCUGCUUCGUCUGCUGCUGCUGCUGGUGCUGCUGGUGGGGGUAGCAGUGGGGGGUUAGAUAGGGCUGGUUUGAAUGGGGAGAGAGGGGCGGAGGGGGGCGGUCGUGGUGGGGGAGGGGGAGGGGGAGCAGGGGAUGGGGGAGAGGGCGACGACAACCGGAACGUAGUGGGGAGAGUGGAGCUGGCAAGCGCAGGAGCAGUGAAAGUGGUGGUGGAUGGGAUACUAGCACAGGGAGGCAAGGAGGACGACGCAGAGGAGGACCGGGAAAGCGGUCGGGGAGGGGGAGGGGGAGCGAGGGAAAGCCGCAGGGACAGCGGCAACAACCCUCAGCGCCGGCUGUUGCUUUCAGUCGACGAGGAACGCGAGGGGGGAGGGAGCGGGGGCGGCGGCGGGGGAGGAGGGGGAGAGACGGAGCAGUUCAAGCUGCUGUCUCUGGAGCGCAAGCGGUGGCGCCGGCGGUUGCUGCACUACCAGAAGCUCUUUCUUGGACCGCUGCUCUCCUCGGGGCGUGUUCGAAACGUGCUGGAUAUGAACGCGGGGAUCGGGGGCCUGGCAGCUGCUUUGGAAGAUGAGCAACUGAAGGCCGAGAGGGAGAGGGAGAUGGGGAGGGGGGGGUGUGAAUCAUUCUCAUCGUACCCUCGCACCUACGACCUCAUUCACCUCCUCUCCACCGCGCCUCUCAUGCCCUCCAAGGAGCGCUGUGAGAUUGCAGACAUAGUCGUGGAGAUGGACCGACUCCUCCGCCCAGGAGGCACUGUCAUUGUGCGCGACCUCCCCGGGCCUCUCGCUGUGGUGGCCCAGGCAGCUAGAGCCGCCCAGUGGUCUCUCGCCUUCUUCCCUCCGGAGACCAAGAAAAGCCCGGAGCGCAUUCUUGUGGCCACUAAGCCAGUGCCGGCUGGGUUUGAAGGGACAGACUCGCUGGGAGGAGACGGGGAGAGUGAUGGGGAAGGAGAGGUGGAGGGUUCUGAUGGGUUGGUAGGGGGGGGUGAGGGUGGGGAUGGUGAGGAGCGGGGUGGGGGAGGGAGGAGGGGGUCUGAUGGGGAAGGUGGAGCGGGUGGGGGGGUGGCGUUUGAAGGGAGAUCGGGUAUGGCUCAUGCAGCUGCAGCUGCGGCGGCGGCAGCAAUUGAUGCCAAGGCCGGAAGGUCUGGCAAUAACUAG